AAUGAGUUUUGUACGGUAUUUAAAAAAUAAUAAAAUACAAUUUGUAUUUUUUAAGAUACUACUUGCAAGUUUAGUAAGUUUUUAUUCCUAAGUAUGUUGCCAGGUAUUGGUGUUUUUGGAACAGGUAAAGUGAUUGAAAUAAUUGUUCCUUUUUUACGCGAUAAAGGAUUCAAAGUGGAAGCAUUAUGGGGUAGAACUACAAAUGAGGCUGAAGAAGCUGCUAAAAGGCUUCAAAUACCUUAUUGGACAAAUAAAAUUGAUAACGUACUAUUACGAAAAGAUGUGGAUCUAAUUUUUAUAGUGUGCUCACCUAAUUUACAUGCCCAAAUAGCCGUGAAAGCUCUGGGUAUUGGGAAGCAUGUAUUGUGUGAUAAACCAGCAGGUCUAUGCCAAAAUGAAGCUAUUAAAAUGGUACAUGCAGCUCAGUACUAUCCAUCAUUAAUAUCAAUCGUAAACCAUAGUUUACGAUUUUUGCCCGCUUUUGUGCAAAUGAAAAAACAUAUUAGUGAAAAUAAAAUUGGAAAUGUAUUUUUGUGUGAUGUUAAAGUACAAAUGGGUCGUUUAUAUGGCGACAGUUAUAAUUGGCUGUGUGAUAAAACUAUGGGUGGUGGAGUGUUGACUUUGGUCGGCAGUCACGUAAUUGAUUUAGUCAGUUAUUUAACAAAUCAAAAAGCAUUACGUGUCCAUGGUAUUGUUAAAACAUUUAAUAAAGAUUUUAAAUGUAUGACGAGUGUGAGACAAGUGACUAGUCCAGAUUUUUGUACUUUUCAAAUGGAAAUGACUGAUAGAUCGUUAGUCACAGUUACAUUAAACAACCACCUUACUGGAACCUAUAUUCAAGAGAUACUCAUGUGUGGUACCGAAGGUAACCUCAUAGUCAAGGGUGGAGAUUUAUAUAAGGACAAGGAUGAAGUGUUGUACUUAGAUGUAGAAGACAUGCAAAAGUCUGAUGCUAUUAAUGCCGUGUCAGCAGAUAUAAUGCCUAGACCUUGCAUGAAAGGAUUAUUAAAAAUGAUCAGUGCACUGAGGGAAGCUUUUCUACCUGUAGAGGACAAAAGAGGUUGGGUGAAAAACCCUGUAUCGUCAGCUGCUACUUUUGAAGACAGUUUAUACGUCCAAGCUGUUAUUGAUGCAAUACGCGCUUCUAGUAUAAACAAAGAAUGGGUUAAAGUAGAAGUUAUAACGGAAGAGCCAGAUCCUAAUCCCCUACUCAGUGCUGCUGUUCGAAAAAGUGGCAUGUCCAUGUAACUGGCCCAUUCAAAUUAUUUACUGGCACACUACUUUAGUAAUUAUAAGUUAAACGGAACUUGGAACCAUGAAGUUCCAGACUUUUAGGGAAAACACAAAGUAACAAAUUUUAUUUUUUACACAACUGUAAUUAUAUUUAUUAAAAGUACAAGAUUUACAUAUUUAUCAAUAUUAAAAAAUUAUACAUGUACAUAAAAAUGAUAGUUUUAAUUGUAAAAUAUAUUCUUCACGUUAACUUUGCUAUGGGAGUCGAGUUGAUAUCAGCUACAUAACUGCAAUGACAAAAAUCCAUUAGUUAGUAUUGUGACAAAAAUACAUGUACUUAUUUUAUUUGAAAUUAAAUAUCAUUUAAUUGUAAUUAAAAAAAAAACUUAUAAAGAGACAAAAUUAAUUUAACUUUGAAUACUUAAUAUAGAAACAAAUUUUUAACAAUUUAAUUUACAAUUAGAUAAGGUACAAUGUUUAUAUUUAUGGUUAUUUAUUUUAUUGUAAAAUGUGUUAUGAA